AUGACCGGACUUCGUCUCCCCCGGUGGAUUCCCUUCUUCGGUCAAAGGGAAGAGUUAAGUCCGGGGAUAUUCUCUGCGGCCGCUUUGAACGAGCUUGGCAACGAGUUCCAGAAUUGGGGCACUUAUAGUGUUGAUGACGACUUUCCAAUCUUCGGAUCACGCCUGAAGGACCUUGAAGAUUACAUGGAUCACCAAAGACCAGGAUCUUUCCGGCAGGCCUGGUUCGACACCAGAGACAUGUCCGAAUGGAUCAACCGCUGGGGUAUGGUUUUCUUCGGCGUGUUGGCUACAACCGCCGCCAUAAAUCAAGGAGUCACAGGCGGCAUGUCGACAAAGGCCGCUGUUGAGACCCUGGCUGUAACGAGAAAUAGUACAGCUUGA